AUGCUGGUGCCACGCUCUUACAAGUACAGCUCGUCUCCGCCCACCACCACUACGACGACCAACUACCCGAACGAGAAGACUCUUCGACGAUCUGGCAUGCGCAAAGCCACUGAACCUACCAGCGAACGGCACUUGUCGUCCAGGCCACCGUCGCCAACCCGAACAUCGACAGAGCCAGUGAUGAUCCCACAUGCUGCAGUGCCGGCACGACAGUCUUGCAACACAGUCACGGCCAUCCCUACGGCCCAGCGGAGGAGUCAGACGGUGAACAUCGGCAGGAGGAAACAGUCGGCACACGACCCGAAUGCACUGCCGCCUGCUGUUGCUGCGCUUCUUGCAGUAACAUCUAUUCCACCCAGGCGACCCAACCGAUAUCGCAAGCGGAUCUGUAACGACCGUCGUAUUUCUAUAGAGGAAUUGGUUCAAGGCUGGAAGAGCGACUCUUCGCUCAAAUCGAGCUAUGGCAGUCCGGCUCUCAAUGUCCUGUUGGAAGAUAGCGGUUGUGAAGACGAUGAGGCAGACCGGAAGGAUAGCGUCCGGGAGCCGAACUACCUCAAUUCGAGGUCUGCAUCCAGCGAUUCGAUGCCAUCGCUGGACUCGGACGACAGAUCCAUCCUAUCAUUAGGAAGCCCGUCCACGCCUGGAUCUCUACGAAGUACGCGAUCUUAUUCCUACCUGAAGAAAGAAAAGUCACGGUCGCUGCCUCUGGCGGAAGACUGCGCCCUGGAUCAUCCACUUGCGGAACACAAGGACUCCGACGAAGAUGACCUGAUGUUCACGAUGCAGAAGCAGGACAUUCCACCUGCGAAACCGAGAUCAUCUUUCAAGUCUAACCUCACCUUGUCAUUGCAGUCCUUCAAGAAAGCUGCCGUUGAAUCGCUGUCGUCCUUCAGCCGUGCAAGUGCUGCUCACACGCACUCCAGAAUCGCGACGCCACCAAUCGAUGAUAUGCUCUGGUCACAUCCUUUCCUUUUUCCCAGGUUCAGCUCAGAAGUCCGUCCCGCGAUCGAUGGCAAUGUCAGCGAGGCUGAUCGGCGAUAUCUGAACCUUAUGCCGUUGACUUUCGAGGAGCAGGAAGCACCAUUUCAGCAAGCUCUUCACGCCCCAUUCCUGGCAGAAGUGGUCGAGGACGCGCCAACAAUCCAGCUGCAGACGUACAACAGCCGCGGCCGGCGGCGGGGCGGUCCAAAACGCGGUAAUGCGAAUCCGAAUUCUGAAGCCGGGAGGGCGCUUCUCGGUGCUUCUGCAGUUCGGCAACGUGAGGUCCGGGAAAAUCCCGACUUUUUACGUGUCGUCGUUCUGGAAAUGAAUAUGCGGCGAGAAGGAAAACUUGAGCAAGGGCGAGCGAAAAUCUGGCUGCCGCCCAGACAGUCGAGUCCAGCGCCAGGUGUGGCUCCGAGAGUGCCCAGUAGAUGGCAGGGAGUCAGUGCGUACUGA